AUGAAAAAAUUAUCCUUAAAUGAUACUUGUAUUAUUGCCAAAUCUCAUGGUGGAAUAUAUCUUUCAACUGAAUAUAAAGAUAAUAAAACCCCAUUAUUAUGCGCUGUUCUAAGAAUCAUACAUGGUGUGCCCCACUUCAUAGAGUUAAAAAUUGUGGAACAUGGUGUCCACACUGCGCAAAGGGUCGUAGGUGUGUUCGAUUACCCUGAAUUAUGUGAAUAUCUGGGAAUAGCAAAUCCAUUAAAAAAUGUUCAUGAGGUUUUUAAUAAAUCGGUACCCAAACCAAUUAAUCUUCGUCCAGAAUAUGAUUUGGAAUAUGUCAAAAAAUAUUAUGUGGAAUGUGGUAGUUAUAACUAUAAUUGUGUUGAAAAUAUGUGCAAACUAGAAAAAAGAUACAAUGAUUUAGCUAUUAUUAAACCCCGUGAAAUACCUCAACAGUGGGUUAUUCGUAUAAAAGAUGAUUUGAAAGAUUUGAUUGAUGAGUCACGUUCAUUGACUCCCUCUUCAUUGCCACCGAAGCCUGUUAUAUACAUACAGUAUAGUGCGAGUGCAUCUAGCUUUAUUGAUGUUGAUGAGUACUGGGCUUUUAUGCAAGAAAAUGCAAGGAAGGAGAUGGACUUAAUAUCUUUCGACUGA